AUGAUGGCUUCAUUAUUCUAUGAGGCGAUUGAUGCAAUACGUGAUAAUAAUAUUACACAUCUUGAAAAAUUAUUAAAACAAAAUUCUGCUUUAAUCGAAGAGAGAAUAAAUAAACGAUCUCUUUUACUGUUUGCUAUUCUCCACGAUCGACUUCGUGCAUGUCGUCUUUUAACCAGAAAUGGGGCAGGUUUCAUGGAUAAAGAUGAAAAUGGAACAACAAUCUUUCACUGGGCAGUGAUCGCGGAUGCUAGAAAAUGUAUUAAAUACAUCCUUGGUUUACCACUUCCUAUCGAUCAGUCAUCAUUGAUAGUCCUCAAGAAUAAUCAUCAAAUAACUCCUAUCCACAUGGCUGCACGAUAUGGUCGCUCCAAACUUCUUAAAACCCUUCUUACGACAAUUGCCGAUCACGAAAAUUUCUACCUAUUUGUUAAUGAUUGUAUAGGUCAAUCGCCUUUGCAUUAUGCUGCUUCAUACGGUCAUGAAGAGUGUUGUGAGAUACUUCUAGAUGAUCGCUUAGGUCUACCUAUAGAUCAAAAGGACAAAUUCGGUCAUACACCAUUUAUGUGUGCCGCAGCUAGUUCAUCUCUUGGAGCUGAUAAGAUAGCUCGAUUAUUGGGAAAUCGGAAAAAAUUUUCUGCGACGGCUCGUGAUAAUUCCGGUCGAAGCGCUUUACAUUACGCAGUAAUCACUCAUGAUAUCACCUUUAUUGAUGUUAUAUUGGACGAACUAAUGUGUCCAGCCGAGAUUUUCGACAAUGAUGCUAGAACACCAUUACAUUAUGCAGCACUCCAGGGUAAGCUUAAUGUUGUUAAAAGGUUAUUGAAAGGCAAGGCUCGUAAUGCAACAAGAGAUUGUUAUGGUGUAUCACCAGCACAUUACGCUGCACAAAGGGGGUAUAUUGAUGUUGUUGAUUGCAUACUCAAAUCUGCUGGAGGUGUGGAACAAUUCGAUAGUGAUGGUCGAUCAUGUUUCAUGUGGGCAGUAAUUGCUGAUGAAGAAGAAAUGGUGAACCAUUUUCUUUCGCUAUUUUCACCAGAUCGAUCCCAUCACGACAAAUAUGGUUAUACAGCAUUACACCAUGCAGCUCAUGUAGGUAGCGUUCGUCUAGUCAAAUUACUUGUGAAAGAAGGUUGGGAUAUUCACGAUGUGGAUGUCGUUGGAUCGACACCACUACAUUUGGCUGCAGGCAACGGUCAUACAGCUGUAACACGUCUGUUAAUUAUGAUCGGUGCUAAUGGCGAGCAAACAGACAGACAAGGACGUACUCCUAUAUUUUAUGCUUGUUUGGGUGGUCAGGCCCAUACUUUGAAGGUGAUGUUGAAUGAACUUAAUUGUAAAGCUGAACAUACCGAUAAACUUGGUCGAACGGCUCUGCACUGUGCUGCAUUUGCUGGAUUUGCCGCAUGCAUUGAAGUUUUGCUGGAAGAAACGGACUGUCCAGUCUAUCAAGAAGACAUUGACCAAUUAACUGCUUUGCAUAUAGCUUGCGAAAGAGGAAAACUUGAUUGUGUCAAACUUCUGGUAAAAUAUGGUGCAGCUGUAAACACUUUAUCGAUGGUUGAAGAUUGGACGCCAUUGAGUUGUGCGCAAAUCAAUGGCCAUCAACAGAUUGCUGAUUAUCUGAUGCGUAAUGGUGGGCUUUUUCCCAAUCAACUAAGAAAUCUCGCGGCGAUAAUUAUUCAAAAAUGGUGGAGAUGUUUUAAAAAAAAAUCUGAACAUGCCGAACAGUCAUGCAAAUUUUUGAAUACAUUUAAAAAAGAUUUUUUAAAACCAACGAAAUAUUUAUAA